CAGUUAUUAAUCAGAUUAAACAGUUUAUUAGUAAUCAGUAAUCAAUUUAAUAGAUUUAAACAGUUUUGUUCACAAAACCAAACACAUUUUAAGACACAAUUCAUGCCCAACACGCCAACAGUUGACAUCUCAACGGCAAAGAUUGGGUUCAUCGGUGCCGGCAAAAUAACCCAAGCAUUAAUCCACGGUUUCGUCAGAUAUGGCAAAGUAGAGGCCAGUCGUAUACAUGUGUCGGCACCGACCACCAAAAAUUUGGAACGACUCAAACAACAGUAUUCAGGACUUCAUAUAACCCGAAGAAAUUUGGACAUCUUUCGGGACUAUAAUUGUACGUAUAUAUUCAUAGCCGUUUGCGGGUCGGCUAUUCGGGAGUGUUUCCGAAAGGCGACCGAUAACAAUGGCCGACCGUUUCCAUUAACCUACCAGUAUAUACCAUAUGCAAGAAAACGACAAUUUAUUUUCUCAUUGGUCAAUGGCUUUACCAUCAAAGAUAUCAGUCAAUGCCUACUGAAUCCCGAACAUCCGGAGAAGUAUUUGAUAGAAAUGCACAGAAUUGUUGUGAGCUGCUGCCGGACGGCCAGACUCGGGAUCUGUGCCAUUGACUGUUGCAACCCGUACAGCAAACUGCCACUGCCUAUCAUGGGUAUGCUGACCGAGGUGGCGGCACUCGAAUACAUACACGAACAACACAUGGACGCCACUUGCGCGCUACUCGGCUCCGGACUGGCCUUUAGCUACUAUUUCAUCGGUGCUAUGAUUGACGGCGCCCGUAAAUCGGGCCUAUCAAUGGAUAAGGCAACAAAACUGACGGCCCUGAUCUGUCAAUCGGUAGCCGAUUGUUUACUAGACCCACUAAUUUGUCCAACAGAACAGUGGGAUGGCAUAUGCGCACCCGAUAUACCGGCCGUUUACGGUAUCCAAUUGAUGGACAAAGCCGACUGUUCAUCAGCUGUGGCCGAAGCACUCGCGGCCGCACAGGAAAGAGCCGCCAAAUUGGCCAAAGAAGGCGUGAAAAAUUGAAAGAAGUGAUAAUCGAGUUGUGAUUAAGAAGUUUUUGUUUGUUUUGUUUUUUGUUUAACUGAUU